AUGGCGACCCAACAACUCCAAGCCGCCAAAGAAGCCGCUGACGCUUCAACCUCCGCCAAGAGGCCACCAGAACCGGAGCUACAACACCACUUGAUUCAUUCCGUCCAAGGACCAACAUCACCGACAACCCCAGACCGUCGACGAAGACCUCCAAGCUUCAACAGAUCGAAGAUGACAGCAGUAUCUGCUCCGAUAUCUGACCUCAAUUCUUCAAUAGGAAUAAAAAACAACAGCAUCACCGGCCAUCCCGGUCACCUCCUCCCCCGAUAG